AUGGUAUCAGAAUUCCUGGGUGUGUCGACACCUCGACGCUCGGUCGAGAAGUGCGUGGUCGAAGUCGCUCGACUGAAGCAACGGAGGGAAGCCAGGAGACGAAAGUCCGCCGAGAAACGUCUCGAGAGGGAUCAGGAAGAAGAGACUCUAAAGGCUGCUGGGUAUGCCUGUUGCGAUGUCCAGUUCGAGCGGAUGAUACGAGAGUUCAGAGCAACCUCCUUGAGGAACGGCUGCAGCUCGACGGCUCAUCAUAAUACUGACGGGCGAAUACGAGUGGUGGUGCGGAAACGGCCACUGUUCGAGUAUGAGAAGAAGCCGGGUCAGCUCGAUAUAGUUUCCAUGAGCAAUCCGAGAGUACUGGUACACGAGUGUAAAGUGAAGGUCGAUGGAAUAACCAAAUUCCUCGAAAGUCACGAGUUUGCAUUCGAUCGGACGUAUUCGGAGCGCUGUGGCACGGGCGAGUUGUACAGGACCUGCAUAGAAGGUCCGACUGAGGAAGUUCUACGGGAUGGUGGCCGGUUCACUGUGUUCGCGUACGGCCAGACAGGAUCAGGGAAAACGUACACGAUGGUGGGGAUGGAGGCGAGAUUAGUCACGAAGAUCUUUGGGGAAGGCAGGGAUAGAAAAAGCGUGCACGUAUCGUUCUACGAGAUAUACGGCGGCCGGGCGUAUGAUCUCCUCAAUCGUCGGAAUAGACUGAGGGUCCUCGAGGACUCCAGCCAGGAGGUGCAAAUUCCCAAGUUGCUGGUGCGUCGGGCCACAACAAUCGACGAACUCUCGGCCAUACUGUAUGCGGGUAAUUCAGCGAGGACGACCUUUGCGACCACCUCUAACAAGGACUCGUCCCGAAGCCACGCUGUAUGUGUUAUCUCCACAACAUCGAAGCGUGGGCCUGAGGCUAGGAUCACCCUUGUUGAUCUAGCUGGCUCGGAGCGGGCGUAUGACUCACAGUCCCACCGACUGGAGAGGCGAAUCGAAGGAGCGGAAAUCAAUAAGAGUCUACUAGCCCUGAAGGAGUGCGUCCGUGCUUGCGACUCCGGCAGGGCCCAUGUACCGUUCCGGGCGAGCAAACUCACAAUGGUUCUCCGUGACGCCUUCCUGCAUGAGGGUGCUAGGAUGGUGAUGAUAGCAUGCAUCAAGCCCGGCCAGCGCAGUGGCGACCACACAUUGAACACACUCCGUUAUGCGGCUCGCCUGAAGCGGUCGUUCGCUGUACCCGAUUUGGAUGAUGCCGCGCCGCUGGACAGCGCACUUGCUCCUCGCGAUGUUGAGUCUCUCGAGAAGAUCACCAACGCCUCCCAACCGAAUGCCUGUACCGGUGCUGCAAUGAGCAUAGGGCACCCCGACUCUUGCUCGCCAGGCCACUCCCCGGUUAAACGAUGUCGAGCCCGGCUGGAAUCUCUCCCCGACUCCGAACCUACGGCUUCUUCUGACGGAUCGGCGCCUGAGGAGGCGUUGGAAGAGGCUUCGAUAGUCGCUGGAGAAGCCACGCCUAUGACCGUGGAUGAGGUCAUGGAGGAACACCUGAAGGCUAUUCAAGGCGAUGCCGCCUUGCUUGCCGCAGAGACUGCACUUUUAGCAAAGACAAAAAGAGAAGACGGUUUGAGAGGUUAUGUUGACGAGGCUCGGCAGAUAUGUGAGAGGAAAGUACUGUUCUUCACCAUCCCUCAUGCACUCUCUCUCUGUGAAGGGGUAAUGUUGAAAUAUCUUCGAUUCAACGUUUUCAGAGCUGUGUCGUAUGCGGCUGGUCCCCAGUAG